AAAAUAAUUUACGAUUACAAGUACAAGGGGCCAGGGCUGAUGCACGUGCACAAGCAAACUUAAAUUUCUUACUUAAGUUGGCCGACUUAACCGCAAACUUUACUCAGCUGAGUUCGCUGCUGGCGAGAAUUCUCAUCGGUGUGCACAAGCGGACUCAGCUGCUUGCUUAGUUAAGAAAUGGGUCAAGACAGUGACCUCUUGUCUUUUUCGGAAUUGCCGGGGGAUUCUCUGGCGUCACUGGCUAUUUAUAUAUAAACAGCCAAUCAACAAUCGCUUAGUUCGCGCGAUUUUUAUGGUUUCCUUCCGCUCAGUCUUUUCAACGAUAACGAUACUAUCUAUUGAGAUCGAAGUAUUUACCUAUAAAAUGGAAACAGUUACCAAAAAGAAAGACCAUACGGCCAACUGGAGGGACUGCGAAAUUCGGCUUCUCGUCAGCUUGGUGGAAGAACAUAAAGAAGGGUUAUUUGCGACCCUUUCAAAUACGUGGAUCGCAAAAAAAAAAAAAAAAAAAAAAAAAAUCAGCUAUGGAAAGACAUAGCACAUGCCAUUAAUGCUCGUGGAGAGCAAAGAAGGGACUGGGCACAAAUAAAAAAAAAAAUGGUCUAAUUUAAAAGCUAGGGCCAUUGCUUAUGCCGGGAGUAUUAAAAGGAUACCAACAGGAGGAGGUCCCAAAGAAAAAGAAGAAUGGUGGACUGAUUCUGUCCUCAACAUUAUUGGGAAAGAUAACAUGGUUAUCACUGGGAUUAAUUUGCAAGGUUCUGGCGAGUCAGCGGUUGCGCAACUUAAUGACACAGUUUCCGAAGAAGAUAGUUCUGCCAUUGCCACUGAGGACCAAGCAAUGAUUAUGCAACAGAUGACAGAAGAAAUUCAGGAGAACUGUAACAUUUUGGCUGAUGCGAUCAAUUUUGACAUGCCUGAGGAAAAUGAUACUGUGGCUGGAUCAUCACUUCCAAAAACUUCUACACCAAAAAGACCUUUUAGGUCAAUCGAGAACAGCAAGGACAGUCAUACUGCCAAAUAGGUCAAGCAGUACGGUUCACGUGAGUUGAAUUGCAGCUCAACCAAUGCACAGACCGUAAGGCUCCAGACUCGCCAAAAGCGAAAUCGAGCGUACAGUUCAACGUCGUCAUACAGGUCAAAAGGAUUGUGUCUGUCACGAUAGACACGUUCCCUCCUCAGAUGUCUCCUUAUCAUCCUUCUAAAACACACUCGUCUCGCUGCCAUCUUUUGUCACUCUUCACGCGAAGAAAUCAGAAAUGUGCUAACUUAA